AUGAUGUUUGGAGGGGGAAGUUCAACUUCGAGUAAAUCCCAGUUCAUGGGCAGCUUCAACCCAAACCAGAUGAUGAGCAGCAUGGGGACCGGCAUGAAUAUGUUUAAUCCUGGAUCCCAAACUAGCGGACAGACCUCAACUCAAUCAUCCGGUACGAUGACGUCAUUCGAUCCCACAAAGCUCAACAAUCAAUUAAGCAGUUCUUCUGGAUCCCAAACUAGCGGGCAGACCUCAUCCCAAUCAUCCGGUACGAUGACAUCAUUCGAUCCCACAAAGCUCAACAAUCAAUUAAGCAGUUCUUCUGGAUCCCAAACUAGCGGGCAGACCUCAUCCCAAUCAUCCGGUACGAUGACGUCAUUCGAUCCCACAAAGCUCAACAAUCAAUUAAGCAGUUCUUCUGGAUCCCAAACUAGCGGGCAGACCUCAUCCCAAUCAUCCGGUACGAUGACGUCAUUCGAUCCCACAAAGCUCAACAAUCAAUUAAGCAGUUCUUCUGGAUCCCAAACUAGUGGAAUGGGCGGUGGUUUUAGUCCCAAUCAAAUGAUGGGAGGUGGAACUCAGUCUGGGGGAACCAGUGGAACCAGUUCGGGUAGUACCAAUACUGGAGGCUCCUCUGCUUUUGGGGGUAGUUUUAAUCCAAACCAACAAGGUGGUGCUCAGUUUACAAAUCCAAUGUCACAAAUGGGAGGGGGACAGGGAGGAGCAUCAUCGUCAACUAUAACAAAUUAUAAUCCCAAUAAUGCCGCAGUAAAUAUGGCAGGAGGUUAUGAUCCAAAUGCUGCCAACUCAGGACAGGGCACAGGAGGGAAUGCACCAUCAUUUACGAACGGAAUGGGCAUGAAUGCCCAGCAGCAAUCGAUGGGAGGAGGGACCAUGCCAAGUGGCAAUGGCAUGACGCAGCAAUCAGGUAGUGGAGGUACUUCCACACCAAGUGGUGCAAGCAGUGGGGGUGGGAGCUCUUCUUUUGGAAGUCCCACUGGAUCGGGAACGAGUUCACCUGGAACAGGUAGUGCUUCGUCAUUUGGAAGUCCAACUGGCUCAGGAAGCAGUACCUCUGGAAGUGGUAGUUCCUCAUCCUUUGGGAGUCCAACUGGAUCUGGAUCAAGCGCUUCUUCCUUUGGAAGUCCAACCGGAUCUCCUAGUAACUCACAAGGAAGUCCAAGUUCUUUUGGCAGCUCUACCGGGACACAAAGUGCAUCUACAAGCGGAGGCAGCAGUUCUGGUGCUGCAGCGUUUGGUAGUCCCACAUCCGGAGGUGGGUCUUCAUCUGGAAGUGGUGCAAGCCAGACUUCCGGUGGGGGAUCAACAAUGUCGUCAUUUGAUCCUAUUAAGACAAACGUUGAGACAACUCAGACUGGAUUUAAUCCCCUUAGCCCAGCUUUAGCAACUGGUGGUGUUUUCGAUCCCGGUUCAGUAAACACGCAGAUGGCGGUACAAGGAGCUAGCUUGAAUAUGUUUGGAGGUGCUGGGGGCAGUGAUCCAAACAAAAUGGAUGCCAGCUCAUUAAUGGGUGGAUCUCCUGGAAUGAUGAGCGGAGCCAGUCAAGUUAAUGGUGGAUCCAGUAGUGGUGGAAGUAAGACAAACAUAUUUAAUCCUAUGGGAUCAAUGAUGGGUGGAUCCACUGGGAGUGGAGGUGGAACUUCGGGUCCUAUGAAUAUGAUGAAUUCUAUGAUGAGUACAUCUGGCUCAGGAAGAACGAGCAGUUCAAGUGGCGGUAGUGGAACCUCCUCCAGUGGACCGUCACCUGGCGGAAAUCCAAUGGAUCCCAUGGGGGCGAUGUCUGGUGGCGGGGCCAUGUCUAAGUUUACCGGUGGCACAAAUCUCAUGGAUCCUAAAGGAUUUAUGAAUGGGAAACGUACCUUACCAGGAGUGGCCAAGAGUGAGACAAAUAAAUACCGAGAGCUAUUCCUGUCACUGUUGGAUGUACUCGAGAAAAUGUCGAAUUAA